CAUCUGUCACAGCCACAAGCUCUUUCGUUUGACGAUUGAUCACCAACAUCAGGAGUCGCUUAUGCGCGUCUCCGCUCGGAAUGCAAAGUCAGCGGACGUUUGGGGCCCAUACAGCAUGCCUGUACUGUCACACCAUCUGUAGUAACCAACAUCAUGGAGGCUGUAAUCGCCAAAGACGAUCGUCAUGGCAAGUCAAAUCCUCUGGAGGAGGGACAGAUUCCGCCUACAAGUAUUCGUCAGCCACGUUCCUGUUCAAACGAAAAUCUAUGGAUGAGCAUCCUACAGAGACAACAACUCCUACCCUCCUAACCUUUUUGAUACGGGCACCAUGGCCAAUCUUAUCAUUUUUCAGAUCUUUUCAGGCUACAUCGGCCUAUUUGCCUUAGUCUUGACUAUUGCCGGUCUCGCUUUCGUACUAUGGCGAGUGGCAAGAUACCGGCAUAUUCCAGGCCCCUGGCCAUGCCGAAUUUCCCAUCACUAUGUUGCAAUGUUCGAAUUGAUUCGUCAAAGACCUCAGGCCAUCGCAAAAUGGCAUCGGAAGUAUGGCCCUUUCGUGCUUAUUGCACCCGGAGAAGUAUCAAUCUCCGACGUUACGGCUAUGCGAGACCUUUACAGCAGUUCCAAGAGGAACCCCAAAAGCGAUUACUUUGACCACUUCAUUUAUCACGGAGAGCGGUCAAUAUUUGCCGAAAAGCCGUACGAGGAGCACAAGGCGAAGAGAGGCUUGUCUUCGGCGUUCUACCAGGCAACUUCCAUCUACAAGUCAGAGAUACAACAGCCUCUCCGGCGAAAGGCGCUUGGAGUCCGAGAGACACUUGAGAGACAUUCCAAACUGGAGCAAAUCAUCGAUGUGUUCCCCGUCAUCAACCACUACGCAUGGGACAAUAUCACCGCGUUAGUUUACGGACCAAGGCACUGCUCUCAUGCCGUUCAAGGAGACUACACAGAUCGCGACAUUCUUGCCAGACUCAAGAACACCGAAAUGUGGAACUCCCUCAAGUUCAACCUACCUUUCGCCCACAACAUAAUGGAAAAAGCCAUUUCCAUGUACACCGGCUCAUCCAAAUUCCUCUCGGCGGAACGUGACCUGGAUGUCUGGGCCAUGCAGCGUCUGGCUUACUCACUUUCUGAUCCCAAGUCAUCGUCUGAUUGGUCGCUUAUCCGCCUCAUUCAAGAUCUCCGACUUGCUGGUCGUGAGAUCUCUGAUGAUUACGUGGCAUGCGAGGUGAUUGACAACCUCCACGCGGCUCAGGCUACCGUCACUGUUGCUUUGACGUAUGUGGUCUACCACCUGAGCCGGAACCCUGACUGGCAGGCCAAGGUUCGAGCUGAGAUUGAGGCGCUACCGCGGGAAGAUGACGGUCUCCCGGUCUGGCAGUCACUCGACAAAGCCCCUAUUCUAGAAGCAUGCAUAAGAGAGUCAUAUCGGAUCAAUCCAGUUUCUAGUGGGCGAGCCGAGCGCAUAUUGGCCAAGGGCACUCGAUACGGCGAUGUUUACAUCCCCCCAUACACCGUUGCAUCCGCUUCGACCAUUGCGUUGCACCUGGACCCGUCAGUCUUUCCCGAGCCGCUGGAAUUCAACCCAAGGCGGUGGUUAGACGUCAAGCCUGAAGGCUUGUUAAGACUGGAGCGGUCUUUCAUCCCGUUCGGGUAUGGUGCCCGUCUGUGCCUGGGCAAAGCAUUCGCAACUCUCCAGGUGAAGAUGUUGAUAUCUGCUGUUCUUCUCACAUUCGAGACCGCAUUGGACGACCCAAGUCGUAUCAUGGAACAAUGGGGGACGCAGGACGCUUUGCCGAAGGGGCUUAACUGUAAACUUCGUUUCCGAAAGAGACAGAAUGUUUCAUGAGCAGAGCCGAUGUUUAGUCGGAUGAACCGGUAGCAUCGGGACCUGACAGCUUGUCAAGAGACGGGACAUGGAAAAUAGUCCCGGUGGGGGAGUAUUGUUGUUUAGUGAGUAGCAUAGUACCACGAAAAGUGAAAGGGAACAUUCGUAAACGGCUUGACCAAGAAACUUUCCCAAAGUGUCUUGACAUUGCAUCGCCAGCGGACCACAAAGGGUCUGGUUUGAGAGCGUUACGCCUAGGCCUAGCAUUAUUAAGGAGCUGCUGAUCUUGGACACGUUGGCUGACUCGCUUUCCCC